AUGAGGAAUUCGGCGCCACCAUCAAAGAAACGCAAAAUUGCGGUCACAGCCCCCGAAAAGAUCGAGUUUGACUUCUCGGCGCGCGAAGAAUAUCUCACAGGCUUCCACAAGCGCAAACUUGCACGGAUAAAGCAUGCACAAGAGGAGAAUGCCAAGAGAGAGAAAGAGGAAAAGCUGAGGUUCAGGCGUGAGCUCCGAGAACAGCGCAAAGUUGACCUAGAGAAACACGUCGAAGAAGUAAACCGACUCGUCAAACAAGCAAAUGGGGAUCUGGACGACAUCAUUGCGGGCGAGACAUCCGGCGACGACGAUGACGAGGAAGAAUUCACAGGCUUCCAAGAACCCGAACCCAUCAACCAGGAAGACGAGUACGUCGACGAAGACAAAUACACAACCGUCACCAUAGAAAGCGUAGGAAUAUCUAAAGCAGGCUUCUCGAGACCAGGAGAGGAGGACGAAGAGGCGGCGGCGAAGAGAAAGGCAGAAGAGGAAAGGAAAAAGGCGGAGGAGGAGGCAGCGAGCAAGAAAAAGGUAUGGACAAAGGCGUGGCCGAAGAAUAGCGAGAGGCCAAAGAAGAAGAAGAAGUUUAGGUAUGAAACCAAGACGGAGAGAAAGGCCGAGCGCAUGAAGCAAGGCUUGAAGAAGAGGAAGCAGAAGGAGGCCAGGACGGCGAAGUAA